AUGUCCGGAAUGUCGUCACAGCUCCUCUUUCUUCUCGGCUGUUUGUUGUUCGGAAUAGUUGCGGUAAACCAAUUGCAAAAUCGACAAGUCUUACUUUUGCUUUGGGAUUCUCUGUGGCUUCCUUUGAUUGCGGUUCGACGAAUGUCUCGAUCGGAAGGAAGGUGGACGAGCGCUCCCUCGGAUGCGGCCUCUUACCUUCCGAGCCGAGCGUUAGCCCCCACUCGUCCCGGUACCUUUGAACGAACGAGUCAGGCGCAUGCCAAUCUAUCGUGUCAACCACAAACACAACCUCAACACGACACUCUGCCGCCUUCGAUGGUGUCGCAAGCUUCUGCUACACAGCCUCACCGCAGACGCCACAUUUCGCUGGUGUCCCCAGAGAUGAGUCACAAUCGGUGGGGUCAGCCAAGCUUAACAGCGGAUAGCAAUACUGCGAUUGGUGUAGCCUACCACAACUACGACGGGCACAAAAGUCCAAAGGAUUUUUCUCAGCCUCUAAUACAGUCAACAGUUGCAGCAGAAAGGUUUCGACGCGGACAGUCCCCCACUGCCAUGCAAGACCAACCCAGAAUACCUCACGAACACAGCGCAGCCGCAUCCGUAAUGGACCCACAAGUCCUUCAGGCGCAAGAGUCGAUGCGGCGUCUCCGUCAAACAGCCAGUGCCUCGGCAAGCACCAGCCGGUUUCUCCCAACCAAGUCGUUUCCGCCAAUUAGUGAAAAUGCAGAGCCCCCACCUGCCCAUCGCAAAGGAGACUUACGUUCGGCCUCUCCAAUUUUAAUUCCAUCCUUUCCAUCCCGACCUAGUCAGCGAUAUCCAAAAGAUCCAGCGGCGGGUCUCGAACUGGGACAAGUCGUAGUGGAUCGCCGGCGCAAAUUGUCCUUGUCCGUUACCCAGCAUUUGGUGCGCUGUGCGUGUUGCCGACGACAUUUGAUUGUGAAUAAAACGGCAUUGGCGGUCCGGUGCCAAGAAUGUCAACACGUUAGUGCGGCCAGUAGUACCAGCUUGGUUUCCCAUUCCGCUCGACAAUCGCCGCCAGGGUCAUCUUGGCCUCGACAGAUGCGGUAA